AGUUGCUUUGCUUCAAUACUCUCUAAAAAGGAGUUCGGUGAAUGCGAGGACCUUUGAGAAAGCAUUUGACAGUAUCGUCUGUAAACAACGAUUUCACUUCAAACAUGGAAGCAGCAGUUAAAAGAGAAAGAUCAAUUGGUCGAUGCAAGAAAUAAAUGCUUUAGUGGACGGUUUUGUGGAGCACAAAGAUGUAUUGGAGGGAAAACUGUCAAAUAAACAGACAUAUAAAGAAAAGAUCGAUCUUUAUGAAAGGAUAACAAAAAGUGUCAACAGUCAGUCACUCACUCAAAGAUCGAUGGAAGAAGUCAAGAAGAAAUUGUCGGAUCUUAAGACUGGCAUAAGGCAACAAGAGAGGAAGAGAUUAAGGGAAGCUCGGGCCACUGGAGGAGAUCCAGCCAUCCCUGAUCUAAAAGACUGGCAAGAAAAGCUACUGAGUGCACUUACGAAGGUGUCUAUUGAAGGAUUUUCUGGAAUUGACAACUUCAAAGAUUGCCCAGGUUCAUCAAAAGAUGACAAUGCAUCUAAAGCAAUAAUGGUGCCAUACAUUGAAAAAGAAAGUGAAGCAGAAUCGUCAGAGUCAUCAAAAUGUGCAAAAAGAAAGACUCCGGUCGAUGAAAAAGGAGGUACACCAGACAAAGAUGAAGAACAAAUUCUGGCGGUAGAAAAAAAAGAAACUCGAGAUAAUGCGUCAGCAGUUACAAGUACAGGCAGACAUCCGAGAUGAGCUUCACAAGAUUAACUGUUUUUUUCAGUUCUAUAAGCAGUGUCAUUAAUUUGCCCACUCACAACCCAGAACAAUAGUAUAGUAUUCAUAAAAUGUUAGCAAAGUAAAUGGUAGUGUUCAAGUACUCAUAUAACUCAUAUGAUAUGCAAAUAUUUAUGUCAGUUUAUACCAUAAAAAUUUAACAACUUUAAAUAUAUUGUCAAUAUCCUCCUUUAUUGAAGAAUGAUAAAUGUAAGUUCUAAAAUAUUCAAAUGCACUUUUGUCAUUUACAUCUUUGAAAAUUUACAUUUUAACCUGCAAAUUAUUUUUUGUUUUUUGUUUUGUUGCUAGAAUUGUUGUUGUUAUACAUAGACAAGCAAAGGUGUUUAAUGAAGACUAAUUUUAGAAUAAAUGCACGACACUUUAUCGCGUUUGUACACCAUUGGCAUUAACUGAUCCAUUGUAAACUUGGUCAUCAUGGUCGUCCUCCUCAAAUAUGGCUGGUAGGGGCACAUUCAUGUCCUUGCACAGAUUGUGAAGUUUCAUGCACACACUAACAACUUGUGCAGCUUUUGGUGGCUUGAAUAAGAGGCAUCCUCCACUUUUGUGUAAACAUCUAUAAAGACAAUAUUGCUUGUUUAAUUAAAUUAAAAUUUAUAUUUGACAUGACCUUUAUAUUUGUCAUUAUGAAAAAAACUAUUUAACAGGUGGCUUUUUUUUCAAUUUUGUAUAAUACAGUACCCUCACAUGUAAAAAGUAAUAAUUUUAUAACUGUCUAACAAGGGAUUAAAACUCAUGUUACAUUGAUAAAUUUUAUUGUACAUAAACUUGCCUUUACCUCGAUU